AUGCGCAGCAAGUUUAAGGACGAGCACCCCUUCGAGAAGCGCAAGGCUGAGGCCGAACGCAUCCGCCAGAAGUACUCCGACCGCAUUCCUGUCAUCUGCGAGAAAGUCGAGAAGAGUGACAUUGCGACCAUCGAUAAGAAGAAGUACCUUGUCCCGGCAGAUCUCACCGUGGGCCAGUUCGUUUACGUGAUCCGUAAGCGAAUCAAGCUCUCCCCGGAGAAGGCCAUCUUCAUCUUCGUUGACGAGGUCCUGCCGCCUACUGCCGCCCUCAUGAGCAGCAUUUACGAGGAGCACAAGGAUGAAGACGGGUUCCUUUACAUUACUUACUCGGGCGAGAACACUUUCGGGCAACUUCAAGAGUGUGCCGAGUGA